CAGAUUUCGCUCAAGAUUGCGUAAAUGGACGCCCGAAAUGUGCCUUAGUUAUAAUGAUAUACCACCAGAAAUAUGACCAAUGAUCCUCACUUCUUAAAGGCCCUCAAAAAACAUCCAGACAGGAGGACCUUACAGGAUCUGCAAAUUAUUUACUAUGGCUUACAAAGUUUGGAAGCGCUGUAUACUUAUAGGGAUUCUGCCUUGCGCACCAUGUGUAAAUCUGUUAGAUAUGAACGUCAUGAUGCCAAUGACGUCCUAUACUUCACUGGAGAAGUGGUCAUGUGUUGGUAUAUAUUACUCUCUGGUUCAGUAUUUAUAGAUGGGAAACUUUUCCUUCCAACAUCUAGUUUUGGAAAACGAACCGGAGGCAGCGCUAGGCGGCCUAACGAAUGCUUCGUGUUGGAGCCUUCGGAAAUGUUGGUGAUGGAUUAUGCAGACUCCCAAAGCGGUUUACGCUCAGUGAGUGCUUCCGUCCCUCGGUACACCGGUAUGGAACGUGGCGGAGCUAUCAAUCUUGUAUUCGACGACAGCUACUGUGCUGCGAUUCGACCUGAAUUGUAUCAGAAGAGCAACCGAAGCUCGCACAGUUCGGACACGAGUUCCGCGUAUUCGGGCAGCGACACCAUGACCAGCGUACACUCGGGCAGUGUGUCGGUGGAGGCCGAUGAAGUGGAUUUGUCGGGACUGGUGGAGUCCAUUGUAGACUCGGACGAAGAUGACUUGGGCGAUAGUAGCGAGAGCCUGACGGUGCGCGACACGGUACGCGAGUGUCUCGAGAAAGACCCGUCUGAAAGGUCAGAAGACGACGUCGAGGUGCUGCUCGAGUUCACGCAGCACUUGAAGGCGUUUACCAACAUGACGUUGGCCGUACGGAGGGCCCUAUGCAGCGUUAUGGUGUUCGCUGUGGUCGAAAAGGCCGGCACGGUAGUGAUGAACGACGGCGAGGAACUAGAUUCGUGGAGCGUACUCAUCAAUGGUCACGUCGAAGUCGAGCACGUUGAUGGUGUACCCGACCAGCUGCAUAUGGGCGACAGUUUCGGUAUCGUACCUACAAUGGAGCGUCUGUAUCACAGGGGUGUUAUGCGUACCAAAUGCGAUGACUGCCAGUUCGUGUGCAUCACCCAGACGGACUAUUACAGGAUACUUCAUCAGGGCGAGGAAAACACCAAGAAACACGAAGACGACGAUGGCAAGUUGGUCAUGGUUACCGAACAAAGAGGCACUCUGGAGGCCGGAAGACGGGGUCAUGUAGUUAUAAGAGGAACGCCAGAAAGACUGAUGCUUCAAUUGAUCGAGGAGAACUCGGUUAUUGAUCCCACAUACGUAGAAGACUUCCUCUUGACCCAUCGUACUUUUAUUAAAAAUUCUAUGGAAGUAGCAAACCAACUGUUGAAUUGGUUUAGUGAACCGUCCGCCAGAGAUCGGGUCACGAGGGUAGUUCUUUUAUGGGUCAACAAUCACUUUACGGAUUUUGAAAUGGACCCUGUUAUGAUGGAAUUCGUGGAAAAGUUUGAAGCGUGCCUGGAAGAGAACAAAAUGAGUGGACAAAUGCGAUUGUUAAAUAUUGCAUGCGCCGCAAAAGCAAGAGCCAGGUGCGUCACAUUGGCCAGACCGUGUCGAGAUCAGGUGCUACACUUUUCCAUAUUAGGAGGAUACGAAAGAGGAUUCGGCAUAUUUAUAUCCAAGGUGGACAAGGGUUCAAAAGCAGAAGAAGUUGGUCUUAAACGCGGUGAUCAAAUUUUGGAAGUCAAUGGACAGAGCUUUGAACAUGUAACCCAUACACGAGCUUUAGAAAUUCUUCGAGGGACCACUCACUUAAGCAUUACUGUAAAAUCAAAUCUUUUGGUGUUCAAAGAAAUGCUGGCCACACCAGAUAAUUCUCCUAGAACGAGAAAUCGUCAAAAACAAUCGGUCGAAAUUGCCCGGCUUCAAGAUGAUCCUCGAGCACGGCCGUUACUCACUGCCAACCUACCUCCUCCUAUUCAACAACCAAUUAAGACUUCCACUGUUAAUACUACUUCAGCAAACUCGUCUAGUGGAGGAGGCUUUAUGACCCUAGGUCCUAAAAAACGUUUGCAGCGAGCUCUAAUGAAGAUGAAUAUUCUCCCAAAAAAUAUCAUCGGGGGUGACGUGUGUGAUGAUAGCUCCGUUUCGGUGUCUGGCAAAUCUGAUACUAGCUCAAAUUUUAAACAGUCUCAUAGCCAUCCAGAUCUCACGUCUAUGUCUUAUUUGGAUGAUCCACGAGCAAUGGCUGCCGCCGAUUAUCCUGAGCAUGUACUCAAAGUUUAUAAACCUGAUCAGACUUGCAAAUAUCUUCUAGUGCAUAAAGAGACAACAGCCCAUGAGGUGGUCAUGCUAGCAUUACAAGAAUUUGGUAUCACUGAACCAAGCUCAAACUUUUCUCUUUGUGAAGUGUCUGUAUCUGAAGGGGGUAUAAUCAAACAAAGAAGAUUGCCUGAUCAAUUACAAAACCUUUCAGAACGUAUCGGGUUAAGUAGUAGAUAUUAUUUAAAAAAUGUUGGUAAUACAGAGACUCUUGUUGGAGAUGAACUUGCUGCUGAUUUAGUACGAGAAAGUAAUGUUCAUUUUUUGCAACUUAAUGCUGUAGAAGUGGCAGUUCAAUUAACACUCCAAGAUUUCUCUAUAUUUAGACAAAUUGAAGCUACUGAAUAUGUUGAUGAUUUAUUCCAAUUAGACAGCCGAUAUGGUACACCAAUGCUUUCGAAGUUUGCUGAGUUGGUUAACACAGAAAUGUUUUGGGUAGUGACUGAAAUUUGUUCAGAACAUAACCUUAUUAGACGGUCAAAAAUGAUCAAACAAUUUAUUAAAGUAGCACGUCAAUGUAAAGAAUGUAAAAAUUUCAAUUCUAUGUUUGCCAUCAUCUCGGGUCUUGGCCAUGGUGCAGUAAGUCGUCUACGACAAUCUUGGGAAAAACUACCCACUAAGUACCAAAGGUUAUUUGGGGAUCUUCAAGAUUUAAUGGAUCCUUCUCGAAACAUGAGCAAAUACCGUCAAUUAGUCAGCAACGAACAAUCUCAACCUCCAAUUAUUCCAUUUUAUCCUGUUGUCAAGAAAGAUUUAACAUUUAUACAUUUGGGGAAUGAUACUCAUGUAGAAGAUUUAAUUAAUUUUGAAAAGCUAAGAAUGAUUGCCAAAGAAGUUAGAAAUCUUACCAAUAUGUGCUCAUCUCCAUAUGACCUACUAACGAUGUUGGAGCUUGGUGGACAACCAACAUCUAAUGCUAUGGUAGCUUUAAACCAACUUACAACAGGUGUA